AAAAAAAGUGCGCGUUUCGCGUUCCUAAGCGAAUUGCCGGGUGGGAAGGAACGAAGAGAGAAGGAGGGACGGGAAGGGAGAAGAGAUUAAACGAUAGUUAGACCCAAAAGAGUCUUUCCGUGUGGUUCAGAAAAGAUUCAGACGAGACAGACUCAAAUAGACGUUGCACGUAUUUCCAGCAAACUUCAAAAUAUGAUCCAACCAGCUGUAAAACGCACAUCAAAUAUCCGAAUCAUGUUUCCAACAACCUCUUCAACCUUACGAUGUGCCUCAGUCUUUUCAGGGAGCUUCCCGUGCAAAGCUGCAAAUCAAUUGAACGGGCCUACGGUUGCUUUCCCUUUGGAUCAAAAAGAGAAGUGAACUCUAAGAAACGCAUUUGGGCCACUUUCUCAUGUCUGAAUUGAACUUUUCUUCCUCGCACUUCUGCG